GGGACCAAAUGUGAAAAACGUCAAACCAGGUGCGUCAAACGUUCGAUUCGGGAUUUUUUGUGUAAACAUAAAACUGAAAUUGGCAAAUAAAGUCAAAUUUAAUAAUAUGGAAAUAAAACAAGAAGCUAGUGAGAAAUCUUGUAAAAUAGAAAGAGUGGCCUGUGAUGGUCCCAUGGAUGCCGUCAAAAUUGAAAUUAAGGAAGAACCCAAGAGAGAAAGUGCGUAUGACGCAUUUGAUUAUUUAGACUUAAAUAAAUUCCCCCUAAAAACUGAAGUAGAACCAGAUGAAUAUAAAUUUAAAUUGUUUGAAGACAAGCAAACAACAAAUGAAGAAGGUCGUUCCCAGGAGAAGAAUAGAAUGAAAAUAAUAGAAAUGUUACAUUCAUCUCAUAAAGCAAAAUACACAGGUCAACAAGCUGAAAGAAAAAUAUUACAUAAACAUAGGAAAGUUGUGACUGGACAAAGACUUUACAAGUGUGAAAUUUGUUUAAAGCAGUUAUCCCGAAACGAUUCUUUUGCUCGACAUAUGAAAAUUCACACUGGAGAAAAACCUUAUAAGUGUCAAAAUUGUUUAAAGCAGUUUUCUGAGAAAGGUAUUUUGAAUGCACAUUUGAAAGUGCACUCUGGAGAAAAACCGGGGAAAAAAACUUGUGAAAUUUGUUUUAAGAAAUUUACUGGAUUAGAAAGUUUGAAAAAUCAUUUGAGAGUGCACACUGGGGAAAAACCGUACAAGUGUGAACAUUGUUUAAAGAAGUUUUCUCAAAAAGGUAAUUUGAAGGUACAUUUGAAAAUUCACACUGAAGAAAAGCCAUAUAAGUGUGAAGUUUGUUUUAAGAAAUUUACUGAAGCAGCAAGUUUGAGAAAGCAUUGGGGAGUGCACAUUGGGGAAAAACCAUAUCAGUGUGAAAUUUGUUUUAAAGCAAUUUACUGAAUCAGGAAGUUUGAAAAGACAUUUGAGAGUGCACACUGGGGAAAAACCGUACAAGUGUAAAAAUUGUGUAAAGGAGUUUUCUCGGAAAGGUAGUUUGGAUGCACAUUUGAAAGUGCACACUGGAGAAAAGCCUUACAAGUGCGAAGUUUGUUUUAGGCAAUUUAGAGAAGCAAACCAUUUGAAAAAACAUUUUAGACUGCACACUAGAUAAAAACCAUACAAGUGUGAAAUUUGCUUUCAACAGCUUUCUUUAGUAAGUUCUAUAAAAAGACAUUUGAGAAUGUACACUUGAGAAAAACUGAAGAUGUGUGAAAUUUGUUUUAAAUGGUUUUUUUCCAAGGUAUGUCGGAUCCGAAAGAUCUCCAUUAUCACUGAAGCUGAAACUUAUUAUGUUUGUUGCCUAUUAUUGUUUUCUUCGCCAAUUUGAGAAUUUUUUUUACCCUGUAGAAGUUUUUACAGGCCAUUUGCUUGGUGUGUCCUAAAUAUACCGGGGUCUCUUCUUGAUUGCCCAUAUGGUUUUCUUUGUGGUCCAGUGUCUCGCAAUCAUAUGCAAGACGCUGGAUGUUGUAAUCAAGACAUGUUGUACAUUUUUUGGUUCUUUAUCAGAGAGUCUGAAUUCAGGGUACCCAUUUUAUUCACAAAAUCUCUUACCGGUCCGUGCCCGGUCAAUUUUCCUCUUACUGUUCUCAGUUUCUUCCUGCCAUUUGGAGCAAUUCCACAUGGUUCACCAUUGAAGAUUUUCCCAUGUGUCUGGGUCCAUUCAUCUACAAACAUAUGUAUUGUAGCCUUUAAUACUCACAGUCAGGGUAACAGUUGGUCCGUUUGAUUCAUAUCCACUUUUAGAACAUGUAGAACAUGUUCAAAAGUUAGCUUCUCAAACGUAAACGUAAGCUCAAACUACAAGUACACAACUUCAUCAUUUAUUCUCUAAAUGAUGAUGUUCAGUUGUACAUUUGACAUGAAGCAAAUGAUGGAGUCAGUAGCAAUGAAUUUACGUCUUGACUUAUAAUAGAUUAUAUAAAUAAUAUUCGUGCUAUCAACCUGUUGUAUUCAUCUCAGAUGGAUGCAACUACCAAAAUCGAAACAGAACUCUGGCUAGUGCUUUAAGUGAUGCAGCAAUAGCAAAAUCCGUUAGAAUACAGCAGUUAUAUAUUGAAAAAGGCCAUACUAUGAUGUAAGCAGAUUCAGUUCAUUCAAACUUUCUUUCGAAAAUUACUUUCAGCCUCCAAUUAAUUCACUGAUGCAUUACAUUUCUAGAAUGCGUCUUGCUGGGCUAAAACAUCCGUAUAAUAUUUAAAAUGUAGAUUUUACGUUCUUUAAAAACUAGACUAUUGGCAGUAACUUUCGUUCAAUAAUACCUGGAAAAAAAGAUACACAAGUUGCAGAUAUAAGACAAUUAAAAUAUAGCCCCAAUGGAGUGGUAUACUACACCACUGAUUACUCAGAUAACUGGAAGCUACUACCACACUAAAGAGAAAGUCAAGACCUAUCGGUUUAUGAAAACUCACUCUUCAAGACAUCUUCUGAAAUAUCAGAAGACAAGUUCAAACACCUGCAAGACCAUAAAUCAGUUAUUGAAAAAGAUCACUUUUCCGAUACUCUACCUAAAAUCAACAAAAAAUAAUAAUUUCGGGGGUGUUCGUAAAAAUAUCAUACACUGAUACUACAAAUCGAAGUUUGUUUAUUUAAAAUAAAGUUACUUUACUGUU